AAACGAAAACCCAUUUGAAAUCAAACGCCAUCUUCCACUCUUCGCUUUCAUCGCCACCUCCGCGGACUUCCCAAAGCUCUCCCUCACUUCCACCAAACCCUAAUAAAAUUCGCCCCAGAUCUCUCUUCUCUUCAAUCCCUAACCCCAAAUCCUCUUCUUCUCCAAUGGCGGCUCUCUCCCAAUCCUACCACAUCCUCAAUGGCUCCCUCCCCACUACCUUCCGCUCUAGAUCCCGCCGACCCUCCAUCCGUGCCUCCAUUGCCACACCUUCUACCGCCGCCGCCGCCACGACUGUGAAGGAUUCCACUUUGCAGUCUUUGAAGGCGCGUCAGAUCAUUGAUAGCAGGGGGAACCCGACCGUCGAGGUUGAUCUUGUUGCUGGUGGUCGUGUUUAUCGCUCUGCCGUGCCUAGCGGAGCUUCGACUGGGAUAUAUGAGGCGCUUGAGCUGAGGGAUGAGGAUAAAGCGGUUUAUGGGGGAAAGGGUGUGAUGAAGGCUGUUAGAAAUAUCAAUAAUGUUCUGGCUCUGAAGCUCGUCGGGGUUGAUGUCAGGAACCAGUCUGAUGUUGAUGCAAUCAUGCUCGAAUUAGAUGGCACUUCUAACAAAUCAAACCUGGGUGCCAAUGCUAUCCUUGGAGUAUCCCUAAGUGUUUGUAGGGCUGGGGCUGGAGUUAAGGGAAUUCCUUUGUAUAAGCAUAUUCAGGAAAUUUCUGGAACAAAAGAACUUGUUAUGCCAGUUCCUGCCUUCAAUGUGAUAAAUGGUGGCAGUCAUGCUGGGAACAAUUUGGCAAUGCAAGAGUUUAUGAUAUUGCCAGUGGGUGCAGCUUCAUUUGCUGAGGCACUCCGCAUGGGAAGUGAAGUAUAUCACAUUCUGAAGGGCAUUAUCAAGGCCAAGUAUGGGCAAGAUGCAUGCAAUGUUGGAGAUGAAGGUGGUUUUGCUCCCAAUGUCCAGGAUAACAGGGAGGGUUUGGUCCUGGUUAUGGAUGCAAUUGAAAAGGCUGGUUACUCUGGAAAGAUCAAAAUUGGGAUGGAUGUUGCAGCUUCAGAAUUCUUUAUGAAGGAUGGAAGGUAUGAUUUAGAUUUUAAGAAGAAGCCAAAUGAUGGUUCUUAUGUUCGCACAGCUCAAAGCCUUGGCGAACUGUAUAAAGAAUUCAUUAGAGACUUCCCCAUUGUUUCCAUUGAGGAUCCUUUUGAUCAAGAUGACUGGGGUUGUUGGGCAUCACUUCAAUCUUCUGUUGAUAUUCAACUUGUGGGGGAUGAUUUAUUGGUCACCAAUCCAAAGAGGAUAGCAGAGGCAAUUCAGAAGAAGGCUUGCAACGGAUUGCUGUUAAAGGUGAGUAUCUCAAUGUCUUCUUUCUAACUUAUUCUUACGAAU